AUGUGUCUUGUUUUGGCGCAGAGAUCGAUGAGCGUUUUUUCUCCUACUAACCUUCCAGGCCAAAAUAUAAUACAGACGAGAAAUACAAUCAACAAACCAGGCGCCCUCUUGGAUUUCAUGAGCCAGAUUCUGCCCUCUGACAUCCCGCCUCAGCGCCCAACCUCUGGCAUCGAUGAGUACCCAGACAUCCAUACACCUGAGGAUCUGCUUGCCAAGGUGGAGGAAGGCAUCAAGAUUGCUCCGAUGCCCGUUCGACUGUCGCCGCAUAUCCUCAGUACCAUCAAUUGGCAAGAUCCUCUGAACGACCCUGUUCGACGACAAUUCAUUCCUAUGAAAUCUACGAUCAAUGUCACCCACCCAGCCGCCUCCCUUGAUCCUGUGGCCGAAGUCAACAGCUCGCCUGUGGAGGGUUUAAUCCAUCGGUAUCCCACGAAAGCUUUGUUUAUGACAACCUCCGUCUGCCCAGUCUACUGUCGAUUCUGCUUCAGAUCGUACACCGUCGGAACCGAGACUGAGACAGUCAAGAAGCUACGCUUCCUACCACUGUUGAAACGCUGGAAGCCGCGCCUGGAGUACAUUGCCAACACGCCUCACCUUCGAGACAUCGUCCUCUCCGGUGGCGAUACCUACCUCCUCGAGCCCGAACAAGUCGAAUGGCUCGGAAAGGAACUCCUCAAGAUCCCCCAUAUCAGAAUCUUGCGAUUCGCAACCAAGGGCGUUGGCGUUUCUCCUUCCAGACUCGUCGAUCCAGACGAUGCUUGGACGAAAGUCAUCAUUGACCUCGCGCAAGAGGCCAGGAAGAUGAGUAAGCAUGUCUGUGUGCAUACACACAUUAACAGCACACAGGAGAUUACCUGGGUUACUAGAAGAGGCGCGAAGCGACUCUACGAAGAAGGCGUGACGGUACGCAACCAGUCUGUCCUGCUGAACGGUGUUAAUAACACUGUCCCUGCCAUGAUGAACCUGAUCCACGCUCUGUCGGAUAUGCACAUCGAGCCAUACUACGUCUACCAAUCCGACAUGAUCCCCGGUGCCGAAGACCUCCGCACUCCGAUUCGAGAGAGCCAUCACAUCGAGAGCGAGAUUCGGAACCAGAAUGCAGGUUUUUUGAUGCCGAGAUUUGUGUAUGAUGUCCCUGCGAGCGGGAAACGACCGACGUUGUUUGCGCAUUAUGCGGAUGAGGGGCUUGGCCUUUCGAAGUUUAGAUUGCCGGAGGCACAUGGAGGAUCUGCUGAGUAUUGGGAUCCGUUGUGGAGCUUGACAGAGGAAAAGAGGGUAGUGAUUGGGGAGAGAUUUGGGGUUGGGGUUCAAGGGGUGAGAGUGGGAGCGUGA